AUGUGUUUCACCGUUUCCGGGAACAUGUUGCCAACCGUGCUGACAACCUUGGUGUCGCUGCUGCUGUUACAGCCACCGGUCGACGGUGAACUGUUUACCGCACUGGCGGAUAUGGAGGAGCUGCUCGAAACGGAAGCAGUGCUAAUUACCAACCUGGACAAAUACGUCCAAGCGCAGGAGGAAAAGCUGAUGCAGCUACGCCAAAAAAUGCACGAAUAUAGGCGUGAACACACGGAAGCCGCCCGGGACGUCAGUGCGUACCUGUCGAACCCGGUCAAUGCGUUCCUGCUGACCAAGCGUCUCACCACCGAUUGGCGGUACGUGGAAAACCUGAUGGCGUACGAGGUCGGGAAGGAGUUUCUCGAGAACGUGACGAGCUACCGGAGCGUGCUAAAGUUCCCGUCGGACGAAGAUCUGAACGGUGCGGCGGUAGCGCUGAUGCGGCUGCAAGAUACUUACAAUCUCGACACGGCCAGCCUCGCCCGGGGCAUGCUGAACGGGGUGCAGUACAGUACGGAGCUGACCGCGGGCGAUUGCUUUGAGCUCGGUCGGCAAAGCUAUCUGAACGGUGAUUACUACCACACGGUGCUGUGGAUGCGCGAAGCAAUGGAUCGGUUAACGAGCGAAGUUAAUCGUACCGCGACCAAGGAGGAUGUGCUGGAGUAUCUAGCGUUUUCCACAUUUAAACAAGGUAACAUCCAGACGGCGCUUUCCAUGACGGAAGAGCUGCUCGAGCUAGUGCCGGACCACGAGCGCGCCGUCAGCAACAAAGCAUACUACGAGAAGGAACUGCAAAAAGAGGCUCAGCAGAAGAUAUUACGCGGCGACGACGGUAGCGAAGAGGUCCCCAUCGAUACAACCGCGAAGAUCCAGAAAGAGGCAACGCCGCAUGUGUACGACAGCAACGAGCGUAAGCUGUACGAGCAGCUGUGUCGCGGCGAGCAGCAACCACCGAUCGAGCUUCGGUCGCAGCUGGUCUGCCGGUACACCACCAACCAGUCGCCGUUCCUGCGGAUCGGCCCACUAAAGCUCGAGGAAGCGUACCACCGUCCGUACAUCGUCAUCUACCACGAGGUCAUGUCGGAUCGGGAAAUUGAACGUAUCAAGCAGUACGCCCGGCCCCGGUUCCGGCGGGCGACCGUCCAGAACUACAAGACGGGCGAGCUGGAGUUCGCCAACUAUCGCAUCAGCAAGUCGGCCUGGUUGAAGGAUGCGGAGGAUGAGAUGAUACGGACGAUCAGCCGACGGGUCGAGGACAUGACGGGGUUGACGAUGGAAACUGCGGAAGAGUUGCAGGUCGUCAACUACGGCAUCGGUGGUCACUACGAGCCGCACUUUGACUUUGCCCGCCGCGAGGAACGGAACGCAUUCAAAAGCCUCGGUACGGGGAAUCGUAUCGCGACUGUGUUGUUUUACAUGAGUGACGUUACGCAGGGCGGUGCGACCGUGUUUCCUGCGCUGCAUCUUGCACUUUGGCCCCGGAAAGGGACGGCCGCCUUCUGGUUCAAUCUGCAUGCAUCCGGUCGGGGUGAUUAUGCGACACGGCAUGCCGCCUGCCCGGUACUUACCGGCACCAAGUGGGUAUCGAACAAAUGGAUCCAUGAGCGCGGCCAAGAGUUUAGGAGACCGUGCGGGUUACACUUAGACCACUCGGAGGAAGAAUUCUGA